AUGGCUAAAACUUUAUCCAUGCCAGUACCUUUGCAGAGGUACAUUCAAGAUCUUAGUAAUCAUGUGUGGACCCUUCAGGACCAGACUCUCAUAGCAGUCCCGAGGAAAGAACAUACAGUUCCAGUCAUUGUUACCUUACUCCCAUGCAAGUAUCCUGAUACUCUUAAGAGGGACAGGGGGAAUCCUGUGUACCUGGGGCUGAAGGAGCCAAAUUAUUGCCUGUUCUGCACAAAGGUUGGGGAGCAGCCUGUGCUGCAACUGAAGGAAGGGACCAUAAUGGAGCUGUACAACCAAACAGAGCCUGUGAAGCCCUUUCUUUUCUACCACAGUGUGAGUGCCAGGACCUCAGCCUUUGAGUCUGUGGCCUUCCCUGGCUGGUUCAUUGGCAUUUGCUCCAAAGGGGGCUGUCCACUCUUUAUGACCCAAGAAUUGGGGCAGACCUACAUUACUGACUUUGAAUUGACUGCAGUGCAUUAA